GGAGCUCCUCACAGCAGGGGGCUGUUGUCCACAGCCGUCAGCAGGAUCUCAGUGAGUGCUCAGCAGCCUCGGGGUGUGAUAUGAUGGGACUUAGCUCGGCCUGACUUCUCGUCCCCCUCUGAACGGACUCACAUUCAGACUGAUGGCGACCCAGGACCAGACGCCUUCAGGGAGGACAGGACUGCUGUCCAGGCUGUCCCACAUGAUGCACUUUGGGGGGAGCAGCGUGGGCCCUGCAGAGGACAGGAGGAGCAGUGAUGGUCGGUUGGCGUUGGCUGCCCAAAACAUGAACAACAGCAACAACAAUGAUGGUAAAAAAGAUGACAAGAAAGAGGAACCCAAAAAGGAUGAUAAGAAAGAGGAACCCAAAAAGGACGCAAAGAAAGAGGAACCCAAAAAGGAUGAUAAGAAAGAGCCACCGAAGGAGUCGUGGGUCAUGGACCCUGCCACAGAUCUGUACUAUUACUGGCUGUCGUUAAUAUCCAUGCCAGUGUUCUACAACAUGAUGCUCCUGGUGGCCAGGGCGUGUUUUAAUGAGCUGCAGUAUAAAAACACGACACUGUGGCUGGUUCUAGACUACGUGUCAGAUGGCCUCUACGUGAUGGACACCAUUAUGAGAGCCAGAACAGGUUUUCUGGAGCAGGGUCUUCUUGUGAGAGAUACGAAGGUCCUGAAAGAGAGGUACAUGAAGACACGGCAAUUCAAACUGGACAUCAUGUCCAUUCUCCCCACAGAUAUUAUAUUCCUCCAGAUAGGAAUUAACAACCCUGAGUGGAGGUUCAACCGCCUCUUCAGGUUGGGCCGACUCUUUGAGUUCUUUGACCGGACUGAAACUCGAACUAAUUUCCCCAACAUCUUCCGAAUUGCUAACCUUGUCCUGUACAUCCUCAUCAUCAUCCACUGGAAUGGCUGCCUCUUCUUUGCCAUCUCCAAGACGCUCGGCUUCGGCUCAGACACCUGGGUGUAUCCGUCAAUGAAGAACCCCGAGUAUGCUCGUCUGGCCAGGCAAUACAUCUACUGCUUUUACUGGUCCACCCUGACCCUGACCACUAUAGGGGAGACACCCCCCCCAGUCAGAGACAUCGAGUACUUUUUUGUAGUAGCAGACUUCCUCACUGGUGUUUUGAUCUUCGCCACAAUCGUAGGUAAUGUCGGAGCCAUGAUUUCCAACAUGAAUGCUGCACGUGUGGAGUUCCAGGCUAAGAUUGACUCUAUAAAGCAGUACAUGCAAUUUCGUAAGGUCACAAAAGACCUGGAGAUAAGGGUGGUGAAGUGGUUUGACUACCUGUGGACGGAGGAGAAAACCUGUGAUGAGAAGCUGGUGCUGAAGAACCUGCCGGACAAGCUGAAGGCUGAGAUAGCCAUCAACGUACAUCUGGAGACCCUGAGGAAAGUGCGCAUCUUUCAGGACUGUGAAGCAGGUCUGCUGGUCGAGCUGGUUCUGAAACUACAGCCUCAAGUCUUCAGUCCUGGUGACUACAUCUGUAAAAAGGGGGACAUUGGCAGGGAAAUGUACAUCAUUAAAGGAGGAAAGCUGGCUGUGGUGGCAGACGAUGGGGUUACCCAGUUCGUGGUGCUCAGUGACGGAGCGUACUUUGGAGAAAUCAGCAUCCUCGGUAUAAAGGGCAGCAAGGCAGGAAACAGGAGAACGGCCAACAUCCGGAGUGUGGGCUACUCUGAUCUGUUCGCCCUGUCCAAAGACGAUCUGAUGGAGGCCCUCAUUGAGUAUCCUGAUGCUAAAUAUUUGCUGGAGGAGAAAGGAAAGGCCAUCCUGAUGAAAGAUAAUCUCAUCGAUGAGUCGCUCGUCAACGCGACUGACGCCAAAGACUUGGAGGAUAAAGUCAACAAGGUGGAAGCCAGUUUCGAUAUCAUGACGAUCAAAUUUCGAAAGCUGACGAGCCAGUUUGAGUCGUCCCAGCGUAAACUCAAGCAACGACUCACUAACAUGUCCAACCAGGUCCGAACCCUGAAAGAGCCUGAUGAGUAGACCUUCUCAGGGCUUCCACUCUCCGUGUGAGGUCAUCCAGCAGGACUGUAGCGGACGCUGGGGACACACCACAUGACCAUUGUUCCCAUAUGUGGUCAAAUAGAAAGGUUAUAUUGAAAGUGUCCCUCAGACAUUCAGGGCUCACCAAACACUCUGAAGGUACCAACAGGAAAGCGACCCCCUCCCAAAGAGUAUAGAAUAUUUGGUCUCGUUAACGUCCUUUAAGAACUUCUCCGAUCACUUAUUUUUUUACCAAUAUAUCAGGCAGUCAGAUUGUUUCUGGUGACAUUCAGCAUGGUUUUAUUGGCAACUCUUACCAGAAGUUCCUGAUUUGUAAGAACUGUUUUGAAUAAAGUGACUCGAAGUCAGUCUGUGAAUAUUUCCAUCAAAAGUGAGUCAUUUUUUAAAAUCUGACUUUUUGGAGUAUUAACAAGGUGGAAGAUAAGACCAGUGUUUGGUAAACGGAGGAGAGGAUAACGGGUGCAAGUGUUCGUUAAAAGAAGAUCAUGUAUUAAGCUUAUAGUCAGAGGUGGGAAGUAACU